CCGGAAUUCCCGGUUAGUAGACACCCUGUCAAUCACACAGUCAGAGUUACAGACUCGAGAAUUCUUUCCUCACUGCUCUGAAUAUAAAAAGUACAAACUCUCAAUCUAAAUAUUAAUCGAAAAGAAAAUCUAGCGUCGAUCAUGCGUGAUUUCAGAUUCAAGUAAAUGCUAAAGUGGAUACUACACUUCUCAAAGUAUAAAUACUCUGAGAGGAGGAAAGAUUCAGCCACUCGUCUCACGAUUCACUAAGAAUACAGUUUGUGUUUCGAAAAACUACAUUUUAACUCGUCAUAUUAAAAAAAAAAUUCAUUCAAUCGCAGUUUUUUUUGGAAAAAAACCGGAAAAAGUGAAAAAAAUAAAACAGUUUCUCACCUUACGUAAAAAGAUGAGAAUCUCUUUCUGGGAGAAUUCAUAUCUUCUUUUGGUCCUCAUUCUUCCCACGUUUGCCGAUCAAGAUUUUUCCAGUACCACAGUGAGGAAUAUUGAUCAUUUGCCCCGAAAGAUUUCCUUCAAUCAAGGUAUCAAUUACUCGCGAGUAUUCGCCUGCAGUGAACCCCAACCCAGGGCCUAUAAUCUUCAAGAUUUAAUGGAAGGUGUACAUUUAAAUCUUGCCGAGAGUCCAAGUUAUCCUGUUUAUAUAAUUUUGAAAAGAUGCGAUGUCCACACAGGAUGUUGUCCCAGUUCUGAUUUGAGUUGUUCGCCAGUCACCAGUUCCAAUUACACCGAGGAAGUUGAAAUCAAAAUCGGCAGUGUCGGCACGAGGAAUAAUAAGAAAACGUGGAUCAGAGUUGAACAUCACGGGAAAUGUGAAUGUAAAGUGACCAGUGUCAACGACAGAAUCUGUCAGGAGAACCAAAGACCUCUUAUUGUCUUUCUCUGACCUUCGAUCUCCUUAGAAAUUCUCUUCAAACUCCUUAGAAUUUUUCUUCGAUCUCCUUAAGAAAUUUUCUUCAAUUCUCCUCUUCGGGAAUCUGAAAGAGAAUAAAAGAGAGUGUGAAAAAAGUGAUUUAAUAACUCGGUGAAUAUUGAGAAUAUAAAAGUGGUGAUUUAGAGUGCGAUGAUUACCUUCGGGUAAAACCUUUAUUUUGAAAAUAAUUUCGUCGUCGAUCUGCAAAAAAUAAAAAAGUAUUCAGUGAUUGGAUUAUUAGAAAAAAUGUGUUAGAAAUAAUUCCAAAAUACCAACCAGAAACUUUGGUGUGUUGCGGAAAUUUUGAGCGCGUUGAGAAUCGUUGACAUUAAAUCAAGCCAUCUCUCACAAAUCCAGAGUCCAGACGUUCUUGACGUGAAAUUGCUUUUUGAAAAAGAUUGGGCUUAGACUGUUUAAAUGUGUAUAUUCGAGGAAAAUAUUUGGCCCCAUGCCAAGUGAAACUCUUUGCGGCGUCAGUAAAUCGAAUCAUCAAGAUUCAUUUUACAGAACAUUUUCUCAUUAUCAAUUGUGCUGCAUUUCUCAAUUGCUCUACGUGAAGAAUGAAAUAUCUGAAAUGAAAGAAACAUUAACAAUAUUUGUGAUAACACAUUUAGCUUAAGACAAAAGCAGUAUUUCUCCACAAUAUUUAUAUUAAAUUCUCCUUCAUAAUUCAUAUUCUCAAUACAAAAUUAUUGUACUCACAAAAAAAUAUUUUUACAAUUUAGAAUUUAGUCUCCUCCGUCUUGUUUAUAAAUCCCCAAGUGAUAAGUGAUUUACCUCCUCCUGGGUUGAUCAUCACCCAAUAAAUACGCCCAAGGACUAAUUUUAAAUAUUUUAUUUUAUUACAUACUUUCAGUUACAAAAAAAUUAUUCUAAUGAAUGAAAUCCAAAUAAAAUUCAACUACUACAAAGAAACUAUCUCUCUCAUUUUCACUUCAAUUGAAUAACAAAAAAAAAAUCUCGAGUAAAAUUUUUCAUCGCAAAAAAAUUUACUGAACAUUUCAAAAUAUAUUGACGAAUAUAUUACAGUGCAAAAAAAUAUUGACAUUUAGAAACUUAAACUAAU